GGUUAAGCCAUUAAGACAUGUCUUUAUUUUUAACGAAUAUUAUUCUGUUAGUGUGCAAUAUUGUACUAGUUGUGUAGCGAUUUGUGUUUGGAAUUCGAUUACAUUUUCUUUAGAUUCCUUAUUGGUUCAUAUUGUUAUUAUUAUCCCUAUUCAUUUUACAUUAAAAUAAAAUCGAUAUUGUUACAGAUACAAAUCUAUUUUACAUUGAGAUAACUAAUAUUAACACAUUCUGCCUCAAACACUGUAACAAGGUAUACCAUAUUUUUAUUCUGCAGUAAUAAUAAUAAUAAUAAUAAUAUUAAUUACCAUGGCAACAAAGUAUAACAUGUCUAUUCAAUUAUUUUUACUUUUUGUCAAUAUAAUCUUCAUUCAUAUCUCUCAAUGCAGUGAAUUUGAUAAUUAUAAUUAUGAACCAUUCAAACAUUUAAAAUAUUCAACUGUAAUGAAAACUAUAGAAAAUGAAUGUGAAAAAUGUGAUCGUAAAAAAUGUUCACCUAUUAUACAAUGUAAUGUUGGUACAGUACGUGAUAAAUGUGGAUGUUGUGAUAUUUGUGCUUUAGAAGAAUCUCAAUUAUGUAAUAUACCUGAAGAUUUUAUAAACGGUAUUAUAAAACCAGGUAUUACAUGGCAUGGAAUAUGUGGUACAGAUUUAGAAUGUCGUACACGUACAGAUAUUGAUUCAAAGAUAAUUGGAUCACAAAGUAUAUGUUAUUGUGUUAAAUCUGGUAAAGUAUGCGGUUCUAAUGGUGUAACGUAUUCAAAGUGUAAAAUGAAUGCAAUAAUCAUUUCAUCGAAUGGUACAAUUAUUCCAAUUAGUGAAGGACCCUGUCAAACUGCACCUUUGGUCAAAGUAACUGUAUUAAAUCAAACUGUUGUUGAAGGUACAAAUGUUACAUUGAUUUGUGAAGCACGUGGUUAUCCACUUCCAACCAUUACUUGGUAUUUUAAUAAACCAAAUCAAAAACAGGAUAAAAUUCAAAUGCCAGGUAAUUACAAAGAUUUUACUGUUAGUGUUCGUGCAGGAACUGAAGAAACACACACUAUAUCUUAUUUACAAAUAACAAAUUUCAUCUUAGAAUAUGAAGGUGAAUACGUAUGUAUGGCUGAUAAUAUUGUUGGAAUUAAAGCACAAGGUACAUCACUUGUUAGAAAUGGUGUAUCAUCAAUAUUUCCAUCUUCAUUACAUAA